AUGUCAAAUAUUGUGGUUGUUGGCGCGGGAGUGUCCGGUUUAACCACCGCUUUACUCUUAUCCCAAAAUCCUAACUUCAAAGUCACUAUUGUUGCAAAGCAUAUGCCUGGUGAUUGCGACAUUGAAUACACAUCUCCGUGGGCUGGUGCAAAUUAUCUUCCGGUAUCAAAUGCAUCCGACUCUAGAUGGGAGAAGCGAACAUGGUACGAGCUCGCAAGACUAGCGAAAGAUGUCCCAGAAGCCGGCAUUCAUUUCCAAAACACUGUGAUUUUGAACCGCAAUAAGGAUGCUCAAGGAAUUACAGGUCAAUGGUUUAACGAGUUACUCUCCACUGAUCCUUGGUUCAAAGAUGUUGUCCCUGAUUUCCGUGUGUUACCACAAAACGAGAUCCCUGCUGGUGCGGACAGUGCAACCGCAUUCACAUCAGUUUGCAUCAACACGGCCGUUUAUCUAUCUUACCUCGUCGGCCAAUGUCUAAAGAACGGUGUUGUACUUCAGCGCAGCGUCAUUAGUCACAUAUCCGAAGCCGGCGAUCUACAUCACUCCGGGAGCAAGGCUGAUGUGAUCGUGAACUGCACAGGUCUUUUAGCCUCGAAACUGGGUGGCGUUAUGGACAAAGAUGUCAUUCCUGUUCGAGGUCAAAUCGUACUUGUACGUAAUGAUCCUGGUGUUAUGCUAACUAUUUCCGGUACCGACGAUGGAGACGAUGAGGUAUGCUAUAUAAUGAAACGUGCAGCUGGCGGUGGAACGAUUCUAGGAGGCACAUAUCAAAAAGGAAACUGGGAGUCGCAACCGUGUCCGAACCAAGCUAUGCGAAUCAUGAAGCGAGCUGUGGAGUUAUGUCCUGCUUUGACGAAUGGAAAAGGUAUUGAGGCAUUGAGUGUCAUACGUCAUGGAGUGGGACUGCGACCGUUGAGAUUGAGUGGGGUUAGGAUUGAGAAGGAGAAAAUUGAUUCUACAUGGGUGGUUCAUAAUUAUGGUCAUGGGGGUUGGGGAUAUCAGGGCUCUUAUGGAUGUUCGGAGGGCACUGUGGAGCUUGUUGAAGAGGUUUUAGGAUCUAAGUCUAGACUUUGAGCGCGAUUCACUUAUGAUUUUUCUACAUGCCCCAAGUGUGUCAGUGGGAAAUAGUAGAGUUAUCUAUCGCCUUAAUAUUGUCUCCUAUCUUGAUACUUCUGCUUGUUGAUCAUCCAAGUGCGGAAGACCGCUAGAUAAUGCAACACAUCGUUCACAUGUCACAAGAAGCACCUCGUGAAUAAGUGACAUGAGCAAGGGAGCCCAUGAUCUAACCAAUAACAAAGAUCAGUCAUCCCCCAUAUCUGGAUAAUUCCAAAGAGGAAGUGUCGCGCCCAGACCAAGCCAUCACU